AUGUCCGCGUAUGCUAAUUUAUUACCAGAAAGUGGUCAAUGGAAACAACAAAUAACAGCUUUCUUAUCAGAGGAUGUCCCUUCCUUUGAUUUUGGUGGUUUUGUGGUUGGUUCAAAAGAAGAAACUGGCUCAUUAUAUAUGAAACAAGAAGGUUUAAUAUGUGGUAUUCCAUUUGCUGCUGAAGUUUUCAAACAAUGUAAUCUACAAGUUAAAUGGAAUUAUGAAGAAAAAACUUAUGUGACUCAAGAACAGUUGAAUAAAAAUAAUGGUAAAAUAGUCGUCGCAACGGUGAGUGGUCAAGCUAGAAAUAUUUUAUUAGCUGAAAGAACUGCAUUAAAUUUGUUAGCAAGAGCCUCUGGAAUAGCUACGCAAUCAUAUAUCACUAAAAAGCUAGCGGAUGAAAAUGGUUAUACAGGAUUAAUCGCAGGAACAAGAAAAACAACCCCAGGUUUGAGAUUGAUUGAGAAAUAUGCAAUGUUAGUGGGAGGAGUAGAUACUCAUAGAUACGAUUUAAGUUCAAUGGUAAUGUUAAAAGAUAAUCAUAUUGCUUCUACUGGGUCAAUCACUCAAGCAGUCGCUAAAGCUAAAACAGUUUGUGGAUUCGCUGUUAAAAUCGAAGUUGAAGUUAGUUCUGAACAAGAUGCUCGAGAAGCCAUAGAUGCUGGAGCGGAUGUUAUAAUGUUGGAUAAUUUCAAAGGUGAAGAGUUAAGAAAAGUUGCUCAAUCUUUAAAGAAGCACUACAAAGGAAGUGAUAAAUCGUUUUUGUUAGAAUGCUCAGGUGGUUUGACUCUUCAAAAUUUAAGCAGUUAUCUAUGUAACGACAUUGAUAUUUACUCGACUUCAUCAAUUCAUCAAGGAACAAGUAUAGUCGAUUACUCUUUGAAAAUCGAUGUUUAA